AUGGUGGAGGAUGCGACAUUGAUGUGCUCGAUGCGGAAUCUCCCCUGGAUAGCUAGGGGUACGUACCGCAAUAUGGGAAAUCCAAUGGCACACUACGAACAAACAGCUGAAGAAAUAGUGGAUGCUUUGGACGGAAAAAUCGAUUAUGUCGUUGUUGGUGCUGGUACAGGUGGAACAGUAACUGGUAUCGCGAAAAAAGUCAAGGAAAGAGUCCCUACUUGCCAAGUUGUGGGUGUAGAUCCAGAAGGAUCAAUCCUGGCUGAUCCAACAAAAGGUGAAACUGCUUUCUAUGAAGUAGAAGGAGUAGGCUAUGACUUCGUGCCGGGAACCCUGAAUAGAACCGUUGUUGACAAGUGGCUGAAGUCCACUGACAAGGAAUCCUUCGAAAUUGCCAGAGACAUGAUCAUGAAGGAGGGUAUCCUCUGUGGUGGAUCAUCCGGUUCGAAUGUCCAUGCUGCUCUGGAGGUUGCUCGUGGACUUCCUGAGGACAAAAAUGUCGUAGUCGUUCUUCCCGAUGGUAUCAGGAAUUAUCUGUGA